AUGCUACCCAAUGGGACUGGUCUGGGAAACCAGGCCAUAUUGGCCAAGAUCGACAAGCUGAGGGAGCUGAAUGUCGGCGCCAUCAUCCCGCUGCCCCAGCUUGUCGUUGUCGGAGACCAGUCUUCCGGCAAGAGUUCUGUUCUGGAGAGUCUGACGGGCUUCUCUUUCCCUCGCGCUGCUGGCCUCUGUACUCGUUAUGCGACCCAGAUAACAUGCUGCCGUGAAGCCGAAGAGGGCAUUGUCGUCUCGAUCAUUCCUCGACCAGACGCGGAUGAGACGCUCAAGGCCAAACUUCUUCAAUUUCAGCGUCACUUGUCAAGCAUUGACAACGAUGAGCUCGUCAAAGUUUUCGAAGAGGCCAACAUUUCCAUGGGCAUCCGGAUGGGUGAAGAUGACAAGGACGUUGGGCUUGCGGCCUUUAGUCAAGACAUCCUCAAGAUUGAGAUCAGUGGACCUGAAGUGAGUUCUCCUCCAGUCUGUUCGGCAGGGCUCACUACAGAAAGUGAUAUCGUUCUCGUCGAGAACAUGGUGAAGUCAUACAUGGCGAAUCCAAGAACUAUAAGCAUUCUUGCAGUCAUUUCUUGCACCGUCGACAUUGCCACCCAGGAGAUUCUCAAGCUUGCUGAGGGUGCUGAUCCCAUGGGCGUGAGAACAAUGGGUGUGCUCACAAAACCGGAUCUCGUUACAGAGACGGCUACCAGGAGCGCAAUCAUCGACCUGGUUCUUGGAAAACGAAACCCACUCAAACUUGGGUACUACGUGGUCAAGAAUCGCAGUGCAGAUGACAACACCUCAACACUUUCCGACCGUGCCGCCGCCGAAGAAGCAUUCUUCAAAGCGCCUUGUUGGUCAUCCAUUAAGGAGCGCUGCGGCACCACAGCCCUCAGGCACAAAGUCUGUGAGUUGCUCAUGCAUGUCUCUAAGCAGGAGUUCCCCCAUGUCAAGACCAUGGGUCCGUCCCGAGCCGACUCGAAUUCCCAGAGGAUGUAUCUGGGGAAACUGGCUUCAAGGUUCCUAGCCAUCACUCAAGCUGCCCUGAAUGGGCACUACGCCGGAGAAGGCAUCUUCGAGAAGAUGCCAGACUUGAAGCUGAUCACGAAGAUCAUGAAGCUGAACCAGGUUUUCUCCAACGUCUUCUGGAAGAGAGGCCACAAGCAGCACUUUGGGCCCACGUGGGAUGAUGAGGGAGAGAGCUCAUUCGGGCGCAAUGUGGACCAGCUGCCUUUUUCCAUCCCUCUUGACAAAUAUCCCGAGAUUGGGGCUAUUGUCCGCACCGAUGGCUACCAAUGUCCCGAGCCCUCGGAGGGGCCGAUCAUGGGCCAUGUCGAGGAAGUGUUUGAUUCAAGCCGCGGACCCGAGCUUGGAACAUUUGGCGGAACGGUUCUUGCCGUGGUCUUUGAAGAGCAAUCAGAAAAGUGGGAGCCGCUCGCGUUUUCUCACGUGAGCAACACAAUCGCACUUGUUCAUGAAUACAUCUUCGAGCUCCUCACUGAGCUGUGCCCCGAGAGGCAGGUCCGGGACAACCUCUGGAACGCUCUUUUGCUAGACAAGUUGAUAGAUACGUACCAACGAGCGAUGAGCCACACUCAAUUCCUUCUGGAUAUCGAGCGUGGAGGUACGCCCAACACUUUCAACCACUACUUCAACGCAAACCUCCAGAAAAAGCGCAGCGAGCGCACGUUCAAGACCUUCGAAGCUAUGGCAAUCCGUGCCCCUUGGAACGACGACGACGAAGAAAUUUGCGAGCGAUACGUGCCCAUGAGUAAGAUUGGCAAGCAUUCUGUUGACAAGGACAAUGAGCAGCAGGUGUGCGAGGACAUCGUUGAUACUCUGAUGAGUUAUUACAAGGUCUCCCGGAAGCGCUUUGUCGACGUCGUCUGCCAGCAAGUCGUCUUCCACCUCCUGCUUGAAGGCGACGGGAGCCCGCUCAAGGUUUUUGACCCGGAGCUGAUCAUGAACCUGGACGACGAACAGCUUGAGCAUAUCGCAGGGGAGGACGUGGAGUCGAAGCAUCAGCGGUAUGUCUUGAAGAGGGAGGUGGAGAGUCUGGAGACAGCUCUGAAGGUGUUGCGGUCUUGA